AUGGCACUGAGGACAGCACUUUGGGCCUCGAGCCUGCUCCUCAGCACCGCUCAGGCCAUCACCACUGAGGGAAUGCUUGCUGCUCCGCGACGAAGCACUGCAAAUGUCAACCCCAGCGGAACAAUUGCUCUUUUCUCGUCCACAACCUACGACUGGACAGCUCAUGAGGCUUCCACGACAUGGCAGCUAUUGGACAUUGCCAGCGGUAACAUCACGGAAGCGCCAUUCGACUCCAGUGUGUCCGAGGUUGUGUGGAUAGGCCCGACAAACACCAGUAUUUUGUACCUGAACGGCACAAAUGAUGAUGUCCCCGGCGGCGUUACGCUCUAUACUGCUGACAUUGCUGCGGACGUGUUUUCGCCAACUCUCGUUGCCUUCCUGGAUGCUCCUUUCUCAGGCCUCAAAGCUGUGCAAACUGAAUCUGGUUCAAUUAACUUUGUGGUCAACUCCCUUGCCUACUGGAAUAACGGGUCAGCGUAUAAUCCAGAACUCGCGAGCACCCCAUUGAGCACCGGUCAACUUUAUGACGCGAAUUUCGUACGCCACUGGGACACCUACAUUGCCGCUGAGCGAUAUGCAAUCUUCAGCGGUGUGCUUGCCGGUAAAGACGGCAACUUCUCUUUCAACGGGGAGGUAAAGAAUCUGCUCUCAGGUCUCAAUGCCACUGUUACGCGUCCUGAGACACCGGUGCAGCCCUUCGGCGACCAGGGCGAUUAUGAUAUCAGCCCCGACGGCAGCACCGUGGCCUUCCUGACUAAGGCACCGGAGUUGUCCAAGGCAAACUACACUGCGAGCUAUAUUUAUCUCGUCCCUCACGACGGUUCCGAGGCUCCAGUCGCAGUAAACGGACCUGGCUCUACUGCGCCUGAGGCUGCUAAGGGUGCUUCUGGGGCCCCAAAAUGGUCUCCCGAUGGCACCAAGCUCGCAUACGGACAGCAAAAUGGUAUUUCAUACGAGUCUGAUCGUACUCAGCUCUAUGUUGCCAGCAUCAACGGCCUCGAGUCUGAGGUCACUCCGGUCGCCGAGGACUGGGACUCGAGCGCAUCUGGAAUCCAGUGGAGUCCCGAUAGUGCAGAUCUGUGGGUCUCCUCGGAGCUGUAUGCUUCGGUCCGUGUAUUCGUUAUCCCUCAUGACGCAGAGGCGUCCUUCAAACCCGUUAAUAUCACUGGGCCGGACACCUCGCUUUCUGACUUUGCGGUCCUGCCUGAUGGCUCCGCGCUCGUCUCCGCGGCCUCGAGUUGGACAAGCCGGAUUUUCUACACGCAAGCCCCCGGUGGGGACAAGAACAUUCUUUUCACCGCUAACGAAGUCGAUCCUGAACUCGAAGGUCUGAAGCCCGACUCUGUCUCAAACUUCUGGUACGAGGGCGGAGAUGGCGACCAGAUCCAGACCUUUGUCUUCUACCCAACGGAUUUCGACCCGAGCAAGAAGUACCCUCUCGCUUUCAUCGUGCACGGUGGCCCUCAGUCGACUCAAGCCGACCAAUGGAGCACGAGGUGGAACCUGCGGCUUUGGGCAGACCAAGGUUUUGUCGUGACCAGCCCCCAAUUCACCGGCACACCUAGUUACGGCCAGGCUUUCACGGACAAAAUCCAGAACAACUGGGGCGGGACACCGUACCGUGAUCUCGUGAAGCUCUUUAAGUAUCUCGAGGCCAACGUGUCGUACAUUGACACAGACAACGCCAUCGCCGCUGGUGCCUCAUACGGAGGCUACAUGACAAAUUGGAUCCAAGGUCAAGAUCUCGGUCGCAAAUUUAAGGCCAUCGUCACGCACGAUGGCAAGCUGGAUCAGGUCGGAUCCUAUGGCACCGAGGAGCUGUGGUUCAUUCAGCAGGACCAGAACGGGACGAUUUGGGACAACCGCGACAACUACGAGCGGUGGGAUCCGUUGUACCACGCCAAGAACUUCAGCACGCCUCAGUUUGUUGUCCACAGCGACUUCGACUUCCGGCUGCCCAUCUCCGAGGGAAUCAUGCUCUUCAACAUUCUACAGAGCCUUGGUGUGCCCUCACGGUUUCUUCAUUUCCCUGACGAGAGUCACUGGGUCUUGAACCGUGAGAACAGCCUGGUCUGGCACAAUAGUAUCUUCAACUGGAUCAGGUACUGGACUGGCCAGGACGAGGAGUUGAUUCAGGAUAUUGUUAUUCAUCAGUAG